UCAGCCUUGCUGCCAGUGGUGUGAUUUCCCACCAAGAUGGCGGCCGUGGGACGAGUCGGCUCGUUCGGUUCCUCUCCGCCGGGAUUAGCUUCGACUUACGCGGGCGGCCCCUUGGCUAACGAGCUAGCGUCCGGCAACGGCGGCGCCGCAGCAGGGGACGAAGAAGACGGGCAGAACCUUUGGUCCUGCAUCCUCAGCGAGGUCUCCACCCGCUCGCGCUCCAAGCUCCCCGCGGGGAAGAACGUGCUGCUGCUAGGUGAAGAUGGAGCUGGAAAAACAAGCUUAAUAAGAAAAAUUCAAGGAAUAGAAGAGUACAAGAAAGGAAGAGGAUUGGAAUAUUUGUACUUAAAUGUACAUGACGAAGACAGGGAUGAUCAAACAAGAUGUAAUGUAUGGAUCUUAGAUGGAGACCUGUAUCAUAAAGGGCUCCUUAAAUUCUCACUGGAUGCCGUUUCUCUGAAGGACACUCUAGUUAUGCUGGUUGUUGAUAUGUCAAAGCCUUGGACUGCUUUGGAUUCUUUACAGAAAUGGGCAAGUGUUGUUAGAGAACAUGUUGAUAAAUUGAAGAUUCCUCCUGAAGAAAUGAAAGAAAUGGAACAGAAGUUGAUUAGAGACUUCCAAGAAUAUGUGGAGCCGGGAGAAGAAUUCCCAGCUUCUCCGCAGAGAAGAGGCACCACAUCACAGGAAGACAAAGAUGACAGUGUUGUUUUACCCCUGGGUGCAGAUACACUUACACAUAAUUUGGGCAUUCCGAUAUUAGUAGUUUGCACAAAGUGUGAUGCCAUUAGCGUAUUGGAGAAAGAACAUGACUAUAGAGAUGAACAUUUUGAUUUUAUCCAGUCACAUAUUCGGAAGUUUUGUUUACAGUAUGGUGCAGCACUUAUUUACACUUCAGUAAAAGAAAACAAAAAUAUAGACUUAGUAUAUAAAUACAUCGUUCAGAAGCUAUAUGGAUUUCCCUAUAAGAUUCCUGCUGUUGUUGUGGAAAAGGAUGCAGUAUUUAUUCCAGCAGGGUGGGAUAAUGAUAAGAAAAUAGGAAUAUUACAUGAAAAUUUUCAGACAUUGAAAGCAGAAGAUAAUUUUGAAGACAUCAUAACUAAACCACCUGUCCGAAAGUUUGUGCAUGAGAAGGAAAUUAUGGCAGAAGAUGACCAAGUCUUUCUUAUGAAGCUACAGUCUCUUUUAGCAAAGCAACCACCAACUGCAGCUGGAAGGCCUGUGGAUGCUUCACCACGUGUCCCGGGAGGCUCCCCUCAAACACCAAACAGAUCCGUGUCAUCCAAUGUUGCCAGUGUGUCGCCCAUCCCUGCUGGGUCGAAGAAGAUAGACCCAAACAUGAAAGCUGGAGCUACAAGUGAAGGUGUCCUGGCAAAUUUCUUCAACAGUUUGUUGAGUAAAAAGACUGGCUCUCCUGGAGGGCCUGGUGUCAGUGGUGGCAGCCCUGGAGUUGGGGCUGGAGGAGGAAGCAGUGGUUUACCACCAUCUGCCAAAAAAUCAGGCCAGAAACCUGUUCUAUCAGAUGUCCACGCAGAACUAGACAGAAUCACACGAAAACCAGUUUCAGUUUCUCCUACGACACCUACGUCUCCUACGGAAGGAGAAGCCUCCUGAAAAUACCAAAUAAAGCCAUUUAUUCAACCUUCUGGGAUAAUGUAAACUUGCCUCUGCUUUUUCCGUCAGAAGUGGAAUUAGGGAGCUGGAGUGCUUUUCACAGAUGGACUAAACUUAAUAUCUUUUUGUUUUUGGUGGCUGCCCAUUUUAUAAAAGGAGCUAUACAAAAGAAAAAUUAUUGUACAUUAUGUAGAAUUGCUAUUUGCAGUGCAGUUUUGCAUAAAGAAGUAAUUUUGGAUUUUGAAAAUCUCAAAAUUUAUAGACCUGAAAUACAACCAUGUGAUCAUACACUAAAGGCUACUUAAACCAUAAAAAAGGAUUUAGGAAAGGGCAGAAAACACACAGUUUGGGCAUUUGACUGACUUGGAAGUCCAAACUUGUUUAGUUAAGAUUAUUAAAAUCAUUUAAAAUUUUGUGUGUGUUAUUUGCUGAAAAAAGAGAACUCUCCGUUGUUAGGUUUUGCACACCAACAUAAAUGUGACAGCACACAUGGGAGAUGCUGCAAAAAUGGCGCUUGAUUCAGUAGUCAUUGUCUCAGUCAGAGGUCCUGUAUGUUAUUGUCAGAAGAGGAUUUAGAAUUAUUGGCCAAGAUGUUUCUUAAGCUGAGAAGGAAAGAAAGCACACUGCCUAAAUGUGCAAAAGAAAAAUGCAGAGGUUACAAAGAUGUAAAAAGAUUACAGUUUUUGGAUUUGUCUAUACAUAUAUAUAUAUGUAUAUAUAUAUAUGGCUCUGCCUUAAUAUACUCCUUUUUGUUUGUGACAACUGUAAUCAGUUAAUAAAAUAUUUAUUCUCUGCACUCA